UCAUGGUCUUGGAUGAUAAAAUCUUGGAUGUUAUUAGUAAAGUCAAAGCUCAGGAGGAGUGAGAGCUUGCAUCUGAGGACUGAACAGUUCAGAUAAAGGAAACCUGGGGUACUUCACUAGAACAUGGAGGACUGUUGGAGAUCAGCACUGUUCCUCUGCUUGUUGAUGGUGGCCUUGAGUCUGGCCAGUAAUGUCCCAACCCAUGUGACCACACCGAACCAGAAUCAUGGAGCCUCAAGCACCGGGAACGAUUCCACCACAAACGGUGGCCAUGGAACAGCAACAGUUACCACUUUGCCCAUCGUGACGUGGAAGUGGCACCAUGUCUCCGAACCGUAUCUCGUGGCCCUGUGGGUCCUGGUCUCCUGGCUCUGCAAACUGAUCAUCGAGGCCAACCACAAUGUGACCAACUACAUCCCAGAGAGUGCACUGCUCAUCUGUUUUGGGUUCAUCCUGGGUGGGAUCAUCUGGGGUGCAGACAAGGUCCAGACCUUCGCGCUCAGCCCAAGAGUGUUCUUCUUCUACUUGUUGCCCCAAAUCAUCCUGGACACGGGCUACAGCAUGCCGAACAAGCUCUUCUUCACCAAUCUGGGGGGCAUCCUGGUUUAUGCCAUCAUCGGGACCUGCUGGAACGCUGCCAGCUUGGGGCUGUCACUGUGGGGGUGUCACCAGGGCGGAGCCAUGGGCGACAUUGAGAUCGGGCUGCUGCAGUACCUCCUGUUCGGCAGUCUGAUGGCCGCUGUUGACCCUGUGGCCGUCAUCGCCGUGUUUGAGCAGGUCCAUGUCAAUGAGGUCCUCUUCAUCAUGGUGUUCGGAGAGUCGCUGCUCAACGACGGCGUGACAGUGGUGCUCUUCAACGUGUUUGACGCAUUUGUGUCUCUUGGAGGAGGUGGAAUUGAUGCUAAAGAAAUCAUUAAAGGAAUAGUUUCCUUCUUCGUGGUGGCAUUCGGGGGUUCCCUCUUAGGCUUCGUGUUCGGCCUGCUGGUCUCUCUGUUGACCAGAUUCACCAAAAACGUCCAGAUUAUUGAGCCGGGCUUCAUCUUCGUCCUGGGAUACUUGGCCUACCUCACGGCCGAGAUGCUCUCGCUGUCUUCCAUCCUUUCGAUUGUUUUCUGCGGUAUUUGCUGUCAGAAGUACAUCAACUUAAACAUGAACGAAAACUCCGUCCAAACGGUCCGUUGCGCCAUGAAGGUUUUUGCCAACGGAUCGGAAACCAUAAUCUUUGUCUUCCUCGGCAUCUCUGCCAUUGACAAGACCAUCUGGGUGUGGAACACAGGCUUCAUCCUCCUCACGCUGCUCUUCAUCUUCGUGUACAGAUUCAUCGGUGUGUUUUUCCUCACCUGGAUCCUGAACAGGUACCGACUCGUCCCGCUAGAUUUUGUUGAGCAGUUGAUUAUGGGCUACGGUGGCCUGCGAGGGGCUGUGGCUUAUGGGCUGGCAGCAAUGCUGGAUGAGACAAAGAUAAAGGAGAAGAACCUGAUGGUGUGCACGACUCUCAUCGUCGUCUACUUCACUGUGAUUCUUCAGGGAGUGACGAUGAAACCUUUGGUCAACUGGCUGAAAGUAAAGAGAGCUGCCAUCAAUGAGCUCACACUCAUAGAAAAAUUGCAGAACAGGGUGUUUGAUCACAUGCUGGUUGCUAUUGAGGACAUUUCAGGACAAAUAGGACACAACUACAUGAGGGACAAGUGGAGGAACUUCGAGGAGAAGUGGAUGUCGUGGCUGUUAUUGAAGCCAUCAGCAAGAAAGAAGCAGGACCACCUCUUCAACGUCUUCCACCAGCUGAACCUGCAGGAUGCUAUGGAGUACGUGACCAAGGGUGAGCGCAGAGGCUCUCUGGAGUUUAUCCGCAAUGAAAGCGCAUUCAUUGACUUCAAGAAGAGGUUUGAUGAAGACUUUGCAGAUGCCAUGCCAGACAUCAUGGCUGAUAUGGCUGAUGAGCAGGAUGGAGCUUCAGCGAUGAGAAGAGACACGAUAUCAUCAGUCAGCUUGGAGAUGCAUGAGCAGAACAUGAGAGGACUCCGAGGAGCAGAGGAAAUUAACUCUCAUCACCUUCUGCAGCAGCAUCUCUACAAAGGCAGGAAGCAGCACCGUCACAGGUACAGCCGCAGCCACUUCGACAUCAACCAGGAUGAAAAUGAGGUGCAGGAGAUCUUCCAGAGAACCAUGAGGAAUCGUCUGGAGUCCUUCAAGUCUGGAAAGAUGGGCGUUGCUCCACCAAAGACCAUAACUAAGCACACAAAGAGAGAGCAGCAGCCGAAGAUGCUGAAUGGAAAGAAUAAAUGCUGCCACUCUGGUGAUGAAGAUUUUGAGUUUUCAGAAGGAGACAGUGCUUCAGGCUAUGAUGCUUCCUUCCCCAUGAAGAUCAGCUACAGAGCAGGAGCUGGAAUCAAGAACCCAGCCUUCAUGCCGGACCUGAACCCCUCAUCGGCGAUGCACAUCCCUCCCUGGUUGGCGGAUGCUGAGCCAGAAGUGAAUCUGGUGGCUCCAUCAGAACGAGCCCAGGUGAGGCUGCCAUGGGUGCCGGGACACCACCUGCCUUCGCUGAGAACCAGGACUCGAUCCGGUGACAUCUUCCAGGUGGAAGAUGAAGAGCAAGAGGACCGAGAACACCUGCACCCACCUCCAUCUCCCCCUCAAGAUGAUCACCUGUAGCCCCCCCUGAUUACACCUGACUCCUAGAGGCACAGAAACUGACCUCAGACUUUACACCGUUUCCAGGAUAUCAACCACAGGGUCAGCGCCUGAACUGAAACUACGUUUCCGAAAUUAACAACUUUACGCUCAUCAGUAAACAUCGUCUGUUGCUGUAAACAUCUCUGGUUCAGAUGUGAUCCACAAACGGUGCUUCUUGAGUUUCCUGUCCCUGAAUGUGAUGUAAAACAUUUAAAAAUGAUGUUAUGGAUGAUAAGGAGGGGGUUUAUAAUUAGUGGGACACAAAAUCUAAUAUAUGAUCUGAGUUCAUGUGUGUUGUAUUGUUUUUCUUAGAUUUUAAUAUAAAACUGUUGUUAAAAUGUAUUAUGCAUGAUAUAGACACAUUUAUGUAUUUAUUCUCAGUUUGUAAAGUCAAAUGUGCAGAGGACAGUAUUUAAGAUGUAAUGCAUAUGUAAAUGUUUUCUGACUGACUGAAUGGAAACAGACUUUAGAAAUAAAAGUGAACAACUUUUC